AUCAGCAAAAAACCACAGUGAUUGAAAACGGUGAAAUCAGAUUCAAUGGGAAAGGGAAAAAGAUUCGGAAGCCUCGAACCAUUUACUCUAGUCUACAACUCCAGGCUUUAAAUCAUCGCUUUCAGCAGACUCAGUACCUGGCACUUCCAGAGAGAGCUGAACUGGCAGCUUCAUUAGGACUUACCCAGACACAGGUGAAGAUCUGGUUUCAGAACAAGCGCUCCAAAUUCAAGAAGCUGCUGAAGCAGGGCAGCAACCCCCACGAGAGCGACCCCCUGCCCGGCUCCGCCGCCCUGUCCCCUCGCUCUCCGGCUCUGCCUCCAGUCUGGGACGUUUCAGCUUCUGCCAAGGGAGUCAAUAUGCCUCCCAACAGCUACAUGCCUGGCUAUUCUCACUGGUAUUCUUCUCCACAUCAAGACACAAUGCAGAGACCACAAAUGAUGUGAAUUGUCCAAGA